GGCAGUCCUGACCACCCCCCGGAGAUUUCCAGUCCAGAACCGCCGAAUCGGGUCCAACGCCAUCGAUCUUUUUGCUGCCACCGCCACGGGACUCCACGAAAUUGGUCUCGAUUCGGCCGGAGCUGGGCGGUGGGCGCCGCGAUGGGGCUCAGGGUGGCGGCGGUGGAGCAGCUCCUGACGGCGGUGGACUGGGAGCGCGAGGCCUACCCGACGUACGAAGACUUCCUCGCGCUCCCCGUCUUCGUCCUCUUCUUCCCCACCGUCCGCUUCUUCCUCGACUGCUUCGUCUUCGAGAGGGUUGCAAGGAGGCUUAUACUUGGGAGGGGACAUCAGAAUGCUGAUAACGAAAUAGAAGAAACAAGGAAGAAAAUAAGAAAAUUCAAGGAAUCGGCUUGGAAAUGUGUUUAUUUCCUAUCUGGAGAGCUUUUAUCUUUGUCAGUCACAUAUAAUGAGCCUUGGUUCACUAAUACCAAAUAUUUUUGGGUGGGACCUGGAGAACAGGUCUGGCCUGAUCAGAAGAUAAAAUUGAAACUCAAGGCUGUAUAUAUGUAUGCUGCUGGAUUCUACACAUAUUCCAUAUUUGCACUUAUGUUUUGGGAAACAAAGCGUUCAGACUUCGGCGUGUCAAUGUCACAUCAUGUUGCAACUGUUGUUCUGAUCGUUCUAUCUUAUGUGUUCAGAUUUGCUAGAGUUGGCUCUAUAGUAUUGGCAAUUCAUGAUGCAAGUGACGUAUUCCUGGAAGUAGGGAAGAUGUCCAAGUAUAGCCAUUGUGAUUGGCUUGCCAAUGUUGCAUUUCUUUUUUUUGUUGUUUCAUGGGUUCUUCUCCGCCUCACAUAUUUUCCGUUCUGGAUUCUCAGAAGUACAAGCUAUGAAGUCUUAUUGACGUUGGAUAAAAAGAAGCACAAUUUUGACGGUCCUAUAUACUACUAUGUGUUCAAUUCUCUUCUAUUUUCACUACUUGUUCUUCAUAUAUAUUGGUGGGUUUUAAUAUAUCGGAUGCUUGUGAGACAAAUCAAGACAAGAAAUGUUGGAGAUGAUGUUCGAUCUGACUCUGAAGAAGAAGACUACCAUGAAGAUUGAUUGGCAUCACUAUUAGUAGCGGACCUAGAACAAAAAUGAUCGGGUGCCCUACUUGUUAGGCUUGAGGUUCGGGUCUCACUUGUUAGACUAAGGAUGUCCUAUGGCCUGUUAUAUAUGAUUGAUCACUGAAAAACGAAAAAUUAUCUGAUGUCCUAGGCACCCUCAUCCUUGAACGUGGGUCCGCUCCUGAUCGCCAUCUUGUUUUCUGUAUUGCGAUGAUGCCAGGAGCAUCAACUCCAAUGCCCAAGCUUACGUUCUUUUCCUGGACACGUAUUGUUUUCCUGGAUUUCAAGAAUAUGUGCAGAUUAUGGGAGGAUGAGCAUUGUUCCUCACGAAAUUCAUUAGAGACGAGCUAUGAUUUGUUCUGUCUCGGUCACCCAUUUGUGUUGUAUUAUGUUUGCAUGAGAAAUUGCACUCCAAAAUCUUUUUCGUUCACAAUAUUCUUUGACUGCUCACUCUGUAGAGAUUUUAAGUGUACCAGUAACCGUAGUACCAAUGUGACAACCAAAAACAACUCUGGUUAUAAAGUGUUUCGAUCUGUCGAUAAAUUUUGUACGCCAGAUGACUCUGUUUGAAAUUUUGUACUAGUAAAACCUUCUCACA